GAACGAGUUAACAAAGAAGAACCGCGAGUCCCGUUUCAGAUAAGAAAAAACUAUCGGGUUUUGAACGACUCGUUAAACUCGACCAUCACUACUUCCAAACAUUAAAAUGCAGUGUGUAGACUACUGCAAACUAGAACAACAACAAUACACAAUUGUUAAAUACAUAUGUCCAUUACAUAACUGUCAAACUAAACGAGCGUUGUUAUUUUUAAUGGAAGGCAGGGUGAAGUAUCGGGUGUCUUUAACAUAAUGCUUUAACAGCUGUCAGCCUGUCUCACCUGUCUCGGCGUCGUAAAACUCCUCCUCGCUGUUCAUCGUGAGUCGAGACAGCAGCAGUGUUACUUAGAAUUCAUGUUUAAGGUAACGGUCGUCCCUCCUGCCGUCACUCCUUCGGAACAUCACAGACAGCGAAACACACAACCUGAAAAACAUACAGACGGCUUGUUACAGCGAGCAGCUGAAGAAGAUAAUUGGCCAUGAUGAACAAGGAAAGAGACAAGUGCGUAGAAAGUGCACCCCGGAGCCAGAAAGCAUCCAAGGUGUCCUCCUCCCGGCAGGAAACCAUCCAAAAGAGGAAAAAAGAGGAAAACAGCCACAAUUGCAGUCAAACAAAGGGUAUAUCGACAGGUAUCCGUGGUGUUGCUAAAGAGGGGAAAACUCCUGCAAGACGUCCGGGAAGCCUGUCAACAAGUGCGGCGACAGAGUGCCCGAGGAGCCCUGCUGCUCAAAGAAAACUCUCGGAUGCCAGUAACGCCUCCGAGGACCUGAGCAAAGACUCCGGGUGCCUGUCGGGGAAACUCUCCUCCGACAGCAGCUCGGAAAUAUCCGAUUCCGAGGGCAACAAGCGCGACUCUCCCAUCAGCGACAAAGAAUUAAACUGGACAGACGGAAGAGCUUACAGGAGCCCGACUACUGACGGCAAAGACAGCGGGAAGGUGUGCGUCAGACCAGCGGGGACCACUUGCUGUCCACCCACGGAUACUCCUGGUCCUGGAGGGGCGAUGACUUUGUACAACUCUUCGGGGGCGUUUAUGCAUCUAAUGAUGGCAGAGACGACGGACGACCUGGUCAAAGAAGUAGACGAUUUGAGGUCAGAGAACGAAUAUCUGAGAGAUGAGGUGGAGGAGUUACGCUGUGAGAUGCUGGAAAUGCGUGACAUGUUCCAGGAGGAGGAGACCUGUCAGCUGCAGGACCUGCGACAGAAGCUGGACCAGGCCAACAAGACCUGCCGCAUCUUACAGUACCGCCUUCGUAAGGCCGAACGCCGAAGCAUACGAGUGGCCCAAACCGGGCAGGUUGACGGGGAACUGGUCAGGACCCUAGAGCAUGAUAUCAAGGUUGCAAAGAGUGUGUCCCUGCGACUGUACACCGAGCUGGAGGCGGUGCAGAAGAAAAACAGCCAGUUGGAGUGGGAGAACGAGAUGCUACGAGAGAGGACGCAGGAGCUGGAGGUGGCCAAGCACGUGUUGCAGGCUGAGUUGGAAAAAAGCUGUUUGAAGAAGAGAAGCAUCAGAUCAGCAGCAAAUAAAGCGGAGAGGAGGCUCUCUCAGCAGAUUGAGGACGACAAUGACCUCAAGUGCCAACUCCACUUUGCCAAAGAAGAAUUGGCUCUCAUGUGCAAGAAGCUCACCAAGUUGGUAUCGGAGAGCGAGGUCAUGCACGAGCAGCUGUCCAGGUACCAUUCCCUGUACGGUGACAUUGAUGCCGCCCAGUCACCCGAGGGCAAACAAAGGUCCUCCCAUGCCAGGGAAGCGGAGGUCAAAGUUCACUUGAAACUUGUGGAAGAGGAAGCCAUGCUCCUGAGUCGGCGCAUCGUAGAGCUGGAGGUGGAGAACCGUGGGCUGCGUGCAGAAAUGAACGACCUCAGAGAGAAAGAAGGAGGCGCGGACGAGGAGGGGAAUCGGAACGUUUCAGAGGAACAUCUGUCUCCGUCCACAUUGAGGAAGAACAGAAAACAAAGAUGUCAGAGACUGAAAAUUGCCGUGCGUGAAAUGGAAGAGGAUGAAAAGGCAGCUCAGAGUUUAGUGGAGAAAUCUUCACUCACUGAAGGGCAGAUUCCUUCUUGUCACGUCACAAGAGAAGGUCCCGUAGGUGGCGAGUGGGAUCCGUCAGAGAACGCAAGCAACCAAACAUCUGACAACAACCAGAAAGGAAUUACCGUAAAUGAUUUUACCGCUCUUGUAGCUCUCAGAGAUCACGCACUUGUGGUUAGUUCAACAAUCCAGUUCAUGGCAUCUCCAUCCAAACCUGGACAUUACUCAUCUUCUUCCGGUAUAUUUAACUCAAAUGGAAAAACACAGACGUUAUUCUUCCCAGGGUCUUUAAAUGAGGCGCUAGAACUACUCCAGGCCAUGCUGCAAGCUUUUAUCAUAAGGAUGGAGGUGCUUCUAACUGACCAAAAUUAUCCCCACAAGGAAAGUCGGGUCUGGGAUUGCAAUCAAGACAUGUUAAGUCAAGGUCUCCUAAAGUCGGAAAAAGAUCAGAAAUGUGUUCAUGAGAACGUGGAGACUGAGAGACCGGAAGAAAGGUCAUCUAAAUCUGACCUGGUCUACAACUGCAGGGAGCCGAAGAUGCAAUUGUCCUUGCAGAUUCUGUGGAUUCUCCACCAGUGGUGUCAAGAAGGGAACGAGGCUAAAGUCAAAACCUUAUCUAUGUUGCGGGUUUUGUUGCAAAGCCUUGGUGCUGAGCUCCAGGAGGAAACGCUUGACAGCAAGACCGCCAGUGUGGUCCACAACAAGGCAGCAGCUGAGUGUGCUGUCAGUGGUAUUGUCAACGAUGAAAGACCCUCGGAUGCUGACAGAAUGUCCAGUUCAAUCAGGGAUCGACUUAAGCGCCAGCUUUCUCCACAUUCAUACAAGAGGAAGGACUGGUGUUAUCUGAGCCAGCAGGCCGCCCAACUAGACCGGGAGGACCCUGUUAAGACGUGGGACCAUCUAAUCAUGCCGCUUAGCUUCCCUGAUCUUAACUUUGAGCGGAUGUCCAUGGAGAGGAGCCACACGGCUCCAGAGAAGUCAACCCUUCGUAUUUACUUCAGCCCCCCUUCGAAGCGAAGAGUCCAGAUGGCUCAGCUGAAGCAAAGCCCGGAAAGUGACAGAGAAUCUGUCGACACGCAGUCGCCCUGGUGCACGCCGCCGACCUCCUUUUCCACGCUGUGUGUCGGCUCUUCAGCGAACCUGAGUGACGACAUGAAAGAGAUGGCGGCAAGCUGGAGGCACAGCAGCUCAGAGGUGAACAGAGCAAGAGUAGUGGGUGAGGGUGGAGUAGAUGUGGCCUGCUCUGGUACACACACUCUCACGAGGCCGCAGAUGGUGAGUGUCGGCCUGCAGACCGAAGGACUGGGCCCCACCACUGUGGGGAACAGUCCCUCACGGGCGGUCAACUCCUCUUUGUUGUCUCCUCGCAGUCGUCAUAUCUCCACCUCACUGGACAGACUAACAAGCAAAACCGAAAGACCCAAAUUUUCUACCUCGUCCCCUAAAUUAUACCGAAGUCAGUCUUGUGCAUCGUCAGGGGUGCCAUCCUCCAAUUUGAGCCCGUCGCCUGCAUCUGCCUCACGGGAUCGAAUGUCAAAUGGAUUUCAUCAGAGACACUCUGGUCUUGUGUUGACCCGCCAAACAAGUCCCAGAGCCGCUGCAGGACAGAACCGCAGUGAGUCUCCAGGUCAGAACCUCAAGCCGCCCAACAAAUCUGCCGGGGGUCUGGUCACCGAGUUCCUCCGCAGGGUGAGCGGCCGGACGGACAAAACGGUACCUCCGUCGGGGCAGAAGAUGAAAAGCAACCUGGAGCGUGUUCCCGUGAGGACGUCAACGACCUCGCUAUCGAGGAGCGACAGCGUAACGAGGAUCGUCAACCACAGGUUCAUGAAGCAGAGGGAGGAGGUCAGCGGAGCACAGCGGGAGGAGAAAAGGAGCACUGGGAGUAACAGUGCAACACACAGCCUGAGCUCCAUCAUGGCAGAUGAUUACCAGGACUGCAGCUCCAGCAGCACCCUGACCUUCUGCUUUGCUCGUCCAUUUCGUUCUACGGCGAGACAAACGUCCAAUCAGAGCAAAGUCCUUCGAUACAGAUACCAGAAUGCAGCGAGCGCGGCUGCCGAAUCGAACUGUCAGUGAAGGACGCUCAGCCGCUGAUCUCGCCAAUAGAAAUGUCUUCACAGACAGGAUGUAGACUUUAUGUGUGUUUAGGUUCACUUUGUUUUAUUUUCUGUACGCCGCAAUUCAUCUUUGUCAUCGGUUUUCUACUUCCUGAAAGUUUAAGAACCCCUUGUUUUUUUCUGUAUUCAUUUGAGCAUCCAUAAAUUCAUGUCUUAAUACACCGUUUUAGUCUUUAGCUGCUACUCAGCUUCUUAAUCUUCUCUUUGACUUUUAAUAUCUGAUCACUUGGACACCGAGAAGCUGCUUUUCUUGGGUGGCUCCCACAAUGCAGCUGUGAAAAACCUGAUUGGUGAUUGAGUUUUUGCUUCUCAGUCUGCCAGACGUCCAGGCGACCUUUUGAUGCUUUAUUUAAAAAAAAUUCACAAUUUAAAAAAUCCAUAAUUUAUAUACACACACAACAUAUGUAAUGUACAUGAUUUGUCUAUUCUGGUAAACUAACUGUUCCUACCUCAAGCAGGUUACUGCUGACCUUAUAACAUACUAUGAAUUGAUCUAUUGUUUUGGUUGCUUUGUAUGCAUAUUUAUUAACAUUUACACAAAGUUUAGCAUUUAUAUGUGACUGUGACUUUUAUAUAGUCUUUUAGAGUGAAAUUUCUUCAACUGUCUUCACUGUACUUUGCGCAUUAUCAUCUUGUUGUGACACAUGUUAAAAAAGAAAAAGUAAGUGCUAAGUAGUUAACGAGAUAAGACAUGAGCUCAGCAUUACUGUAUAUCCCUUCCUCGGCAAGAUUUAAAAGUGUAUAUUUCACUAUCUCUCAGUUCAUUUGUUUCUCUGGGUGAAAUUAAUGAGCUGAAAUUAAUGGAAAGUCAGUGGUGAUGAUUAAUUACAUUCUAACUGUAGUCUACAUGUAUUAAAAAUGCCGUUAUUGAAAUAAAUGUUGCAUCGUGAAAAUACUUACAAUCAAAUAUCCAUCUUAGUACUUACGUCAUCAGACUGUGUUUGUGAACAUUCAUUCAUUCAUUGAUGAACGUGAAAUAUCCGCCAAACUGUUGCUCCAGCCAGAAACAGCGCCCUCUCGCCGGGAAAGGUGCAUUAAUUUCGGACACACUGUGCGUCCACACGGCGCCUUCACCGCAACCAAACAAUUCGCUAUUUAUUCAUUUAUCAUCAACUCCCAUACUCACUAUAUUAGAAAAGGGGAUUCGUUCAUAGUUUGAGCGUC